GGCUCACUGAGCCAGUUUCACAGGCUGUCUCAGCUCAUGACUCUGUGAGAUGGGAGAAUGCUGAUGGAAUCCCUAACUUCUUAUGUGCCCUUGGGCUCCCAGACUACAGGAGUCCAUGAUGAAAACUGAGUCUCCCGUUACCGUGUGCUCAGUUCCCUCAGCCUAGGACGGAGGUGGCAGUAGGAUGAAUAAGUACUGGCACAGUUGCUAGGAGGUGAGCUUAAGGAUUGUCGAACUAGCAGGCAGAUCCCUUAUGCUGAGACCUGCCUUCUUGGGUCUCAGCCUAGAGAAUAGCUGUCCUGGGCUAGCUAAGGACAGCCCCGCUGCACUCUGAUGACCUGUCUCAUUUCCCUCUGUGGACUCCUGGUUGUUCCUUGAGGACACACCUCCCUGGCAAGGCUGCAGAGGGAUAUAGGCUUAAUAGCCUGGGGCAAGGUGGGCUUGGGCUGGCAGUCUCUAUCUGGGCAACAGUCCCUGUCUACCAGGAGCUUAUGACUCUGUGGCAGGGGAGAGUCAUACAUGGUCCCGCAUAAGCUAUGAAAGGCAGGCUGAUCUGCAGAUGGGACGACAUAGGGAGAGGCACAGAUAAGCAGAGAUGAGGCUCGGAAUAAAUUCCCACAGAAAGGAGAGCACGGUCUAUUUUCAGACCAUGCCAAGUACUGGCUGUGCAUUCUUAAGGACCAAAUCCUAACCAGGGUGAACGGCCUGCAAUCUGUGGUGUGUUUUCAUACACACCCCUUCACUGACCCUCACAGCAAACCUCUGAAGGGCAGUCUCCCUCCGUAUGACUGCUUCCUCACAACAAACUCCUAUGAGGGUCAACUUACCCACACCCCAUGCUGUACAAAGGUAAGCCAAUGAUUGGGGCAUAUUACAAACCCAGCGCUUUUAUAUAUCCCAUCCAAUAGUUACAGUUCUGUGGCUAGGUAUUAUGAUUCUGUUUCAGAAAUGGAGCCAGUGGCUUGCCCAGGUGAGAUCACUCCAGACUAAAGGAGGAUUAUAGCCCCAUGUGGUCCCUAGAGCCUGGAUCUUCCCACUGGAAACCAGAAACAUCUCUCUCUCUCUCUUGCUUUUACAGCUAAUUCUGCCCAUCUCAGGAAUCUCUUUGUUAACUCUGCUCCAACUGUGUUUACUAUCCUUUCUGAGCUGCCCCAAUUCUCCUGAGAUCUCUCAAAGGACCUCUGCCCAAGCUCUGAUCUCCAGAAAGGCAGGGAUUAUGACCAUUCAGUGCGUGCACACAUGAGCGCCCGUGUACACACACACAUUCUAAUAAACACCGGUUUAAAUAAUACAUGCACUUGACCUUGAGUAAGUAUUGAGCUCCUAGUAUGCUAGUGUGCUGUGGAAGGCGGGGCAGAUACUAAAUAGAACAGAGUUUGGUCAAGAGGAAUUACCUAUAUGAGAGUUAAAGCAAGCGUGCGCACACACACACUGAGGUGUCUAGGGAAGCCUGAAUCCCUUUACCAGAGACUAUAGUUCGUGCAAUGAGACCAUCCCUAUAAAGACGUUUUGUCCAGGUUCCUGCAAACUCUCUGAAGGUCCCUUUUCAGAACUUGGUCUUCCUGUCAGUGGUAGCCAUGUGACACUACUCAAUCCUAGUUGGAAUCCCUUAAACACUGCAUAGUCUAGACUUGUAUGAAUCGUUCCACCACCACCCCCUCCUUUUUUUUUAACUCUCCUCAAAUUAUCUUAUUUGAGUCUGCCAUCUGUUUCCUGCAGAGCCUGGCAGGAAAAGCUUACCAAAUCUGAACAGAAAAGGACAAUAUGGCUUCCACUGGAGAAGACUGGACACAGAAGGCAGGGCUGGCUCAUCGCCAUAGGACUCUAGAUGAGUUGAUGGGGUCAGUUAGGUGCAUGGUUUGAGUGCACAGGAAGCGAGUGGUGAAUGAACUAGAAAAGGAAAGCAUAAAUGUUCGGGAAGUCCACCAGCAGGUUCAUCUCCGACACGGUCCGUGUUCUCUCCUCGCAGGAUGCGGGAGACCUCAGGGCGCGAGGAGUCGGAGCCGGGCAUGGAGGCCCCGUGCGCCGGGUCCUGCCACGCGCAACGCAUCCUGCAGACGCUCAACGCGUACCGCCGGAGCGGCACCCUCACCGACGUGGUGCUGCGCGCCGGAGGCCACGACUUCCCGUGCCACCGCGCGGCGCUUAGCGCCGCCAGCGCCCACUUCCGCGGCCUGUUCACGGCCGGCCGGCCGGAGCGCGCGGCGGCCGUGGUCCCGGUAGGGCCCGAGUCGCCGGGGACGGCGGCGGCACUGGCCGUGGUGCUCGACUACGUGUACGGCGCGGGCGUGCGGCUGCGCGCCGAGGACGAGGCGGCCGCCGUGCUGGCGCUGGCCGAGCGGCUGGGCGUGACCGGGCUGCGCGAGGCGUGCGCGCGCUUCCUCGAGGGCCGCCUGCGCGCCGCCAACAGCCUGGCGCUGCGCCGCGUCGCCGCCGCCUUCUCGCUCGCCUCUCUGGCCGAGCGCUGCGGCCGCGUGCUGCGCCAGGCCUUCGUGGAGGUGACGCGCCACGCCGACUUCCUGGAGCUCGCGCCCGACGAGGUGGCGGCGCUGCUGGCCGACCCCGCGCUGCGCGUGGCGCGCGAGGAGGCCGUGUUCGAGGCCGCCAUGCGCUGGGUGCGCCACGACGCGCCGGCCCGCCGCGGGCAGCUGCGCCGCCUCCUGGAGCACGUGCGCCUGCCGCUUCUGGCGCCCGCCUACUUCCUGGAGAAGGUGGAGGCGGACGAGCUGCUGCAGGCCUGCGGCGACUGCCGCCCUCUGCUGCUUGAGGCCCGCGCCUGCUUCAUCCUGGGCCGGGAGGCGGGCGCGCUGCGGGCCCGGCCGCGGAGGUUCAUGGACUUAGCUGAAGUGAUUGUGGUCAUUGGCGGGUGUGACCGAAAGGGGCUCCUGAAACUGCCUUUUGCCGAUGCUUACCACCCAGAAAGUCAGCGCUGGACCCCACUGCCUAGCCUGCCUGGUUAUACACGCUCUGAAUUUGCCUCCUGUGCACUUCGAAAUGACAUUUAUGUUUCUGGAGGGCACAUCAACAGCCGUGAUGUUUGGAUGUUUAGCUCCCAUCUGAACACGUGGAUCAAGGUUGCCUCCAUGCACAAGGGCAGGUGGAGGCACAAGAUGGUGGCCCUGCAGGGACAGCUUUUUGCAGUUGGUGGCUACGAUGGCCUGAGACGCCUGCGCAGUGUGGAGCGCUAUGACCCGUUCUCCAACACCUGGGCGGCCACAGCGCCCCUGCCGGAGGCCGUGAGCUCUGCAGCCGUGGCGCCCUGCGCUGGCCUUCUCUACGUGAUUGGGGGCGCAGGGCAGGACGGUGUCAACACUGACAAGGUGCAGUGCUUUGACCCCAAAGAGGACCAGUGGAGUCUGCGGUCCCCAGCACCCUUCUUGCAGCGGUGUCUUGAGGCUGUCUCCCUAGAAGACACCAUUUAUGUGGUGGGAGGCCUAAUGAGCAAAAUUUUCACCUAUGACCCUGGCUCAGAUGUCUGGAGAGAGGCAGCUGACCUGCCUAGCCCUGUGGAGAGCUGUGGCGUGACGGUGUGUGAUGGGAAGGUCCACAUCCUUGGUGGGCGGGACGAACACGGGGAAAGCACCAACAGUGUCUUCACCUUUGAUCCUGACAGUGGGCAGGUGGAAGCCCAGCCGUCCCUACAGCGCUGCACCAGCUCUCAUGGCUGUGUCACCAUCGUCCAGAGCCUGAGCCGAUGAUUCAGACCGGGACAGCCUAAGCCAAGAGGCAGAGAACAUUUGGGCAUGGCACUUGGCUCCCCUCCUGGAACCUCCAUGUGAACAGUCCUUUAACUUAUUUCCCCUCUUCUUACAGAAAUAAAACCUUUUUCAAAAGU